AUGGUGGCUGGCGUGAGCCUCCUGCUGCGCGCCCUGCCGCUACUGCUAUGGGGCUGCCAGGACGCACAGCCCACCCAGCACGGACACCCGGAGCUGCGCCAGGAGGCAGAGGCAUUCCUGGAGAAGUACGGAUACCUCAGUGAGCAGGGUUCCAAAUCUCCAGCCUCCGAUCAGUUCAGUAACGCCAUCAGAGAGUUCCAGUGGGUAUCCCAGUUGCCCAUCAGUGGUGUGCUGGACCAGGCCACACUGCGCCAGAUGACACGCCCACGCUGUGGGGUUGCAGAUACUGACAGUCAUGCAACUUGGACAGAGAGGACCAGUGCCCUGCUUGCUGGACACCGAGCCAAAACGAGGCGUAAGAAACGCUUUGCAAAGUCAGGUAACAAAUGGUACAAACAGCAUCUUUCCUACCGCCUGGUGAACUGGCCUGAGCGCCUGCCGGAGCCAGCUGUUCGAGGGGCCGUACGUGCUGCCUUCCAGCUGUGGAGUAAUGUGUCAGCGCUGGAGUUCUGGGAGGCCCCAGCCACAGGCCCUGCUGACAUCCGCCUCACCUUCUUCCAAGGAGACCACAAUGAUGGGCUGGCCAAUGCCUUCGAUGGCCCAGGGGGCGCCCUGGCGCACGCCUUCCUGCCCCGCCGGGGCGAAGCGCAUUUCGACGGAGACGAGCGCUGGUCUCUGAGCCGCCGUGGGCGCAACUUGUUCGUGGUGCUGGCGCACGAGAUCGGCCACACGCUCGGUCUCACGCACUCGCCCGCGCCACGUGCGCUCAUGGCGCCCUACUACAAGAAGCUGGGCCGCGACGCCUUGCUCAGCUGGGACGAUGUGCUGGCGGUGCAGAGCCUGUACGGAAAGCCUCUGGGGCGCUCAGUAACCACCCAACUCCCCGGAAAGGUGUUCACUAACUUUGAGGCCUGGGACCCCCACAACUCCCAGAGCAGUCGCUCGGAAACCAGAGGUCCUAAAUACUGCCACUCUUCCUUUGAUGCCAUCACUGUAGAUGGGCAAUGGCGACUGUACAUCUUCAAAGGGAGUCACUUUUGGGAAGUCACGGCUGAUGGCAAUGUUUCAGAGCCUCAUCCAGUACAGAAAAGAUGGCCGGGACUGCCCCCAAGUAUUGAGGCUGCUGCCGUGUCUUUGGAAGAUGGAGACUUCUACUUCUUCAAAGGGAAUCGCUGUUGGAGGUUCCAGGGAACGAAGUCCGUGUGGGGCUUCGCAAAGCUCUGCCGGGCAGGUGGUCUACCCCGACACCCGGACGCAGCUCUCUUCUUCCCGCCUCUGCGCCGCCUAGUUCUCUUCAAGGGUUCCCGCUACUAUGUGCUGGCUCGAGGAGGGAUGCAAGUGGAGCCCUACUAUCCCCGCAGCCUGCGAGACUGGGCCGGGGUCCCUGAGGAGGUCAGCGGCGCCCUGCCAAGGCCGGACGGCUCCAUUAUCUUCUUCAGAGAUGACCACUAUUGGCACUUGGAUCAAGCCAAACUGCGGGUGACCAGCUCCGGCCGCUGGGCCACCGAGCUGUCCUGGAUGGGCUGUUGGAAUGCCAACUCAGGAGGUGCCCUGUUCUGAAGGCUCCCCAUCACUGAAUGAACCGUGGUUGCUGCCGCCUGAGGGGUGGGGUCUGUCUAGGAAGGCCCUGAACCUCUCAAGAAGCUCUUGAGCAGCAAGGACUCCAAGCAGGAAAUCAGUCUGCAUUUGUUCUCUGCGGUGGAAGGAGAACUAGAGUUCCUAUAGCCUUUUCCCUCAAGGACUUCUUUCCUUCCCACUUGUAUGUGUAUGUGGGAAGGCAGAUUCUGUUCUAGUGAAGAUGCUGUAAGUCCAUAGUGCUGAGUCCCGGGAAGAUGCAAAACUCAGCUGAGCCAGGAGACUAUCUGCAAGACCCUCCCCUUCGGUGCCUUUCAGGCUCAGUUCUUGGGAAAUCGAGUGCUAUUUCAUCAGAGACUUUGCCCCACCUCCUACCCUCAGCAAGCAGGGAUGUAGUGAAAUCUCAAGGAUCCCCACUGUCAGAUGCUCUCUGUUGGAUCAGGAGGCAAAGCAGAAGGGACUGUGUUCCUCCUGGGACUGACUUUUUGUCUGGGCGAAUGAAAAAGCACUCCCCAGUUGGUCAACCUAGAGGUGUAGCAGCCUUCCCUGGGCAGAAUCAUCCACCCUUCUCAAUAGAAGCACAUGGGCACUGGGUGCUGGAGACACGAGGACCACGGUCUUACAUUCAACCCAGGGCCAGCCAGCUGUAUAUGGUUAUCAUGGAGAGACUGGGGCGAACCUCUCUUCAAAAUGCAGAACCUCUCCACCCCAUUUGCCUCCAAGAUGGACACCUUGAGCAUCAGGAAGAUGGAAGAGGGUCCUUGGGGGUCCGCUCAGGAUGUAGCUGCCAUAGCACUCUGCAGGUUGGGUGAGGCCCGUUUGCUUGCAAUGGCCCCAUUCUCCAGGCCACACACGCAGCAGCAUUCCGAAGCUCAUGCUGUCUAGCCAAGAAUAGCUGGGAUUCCUGGAGAAGGAACCGGCUCCCUGCCUUCCCCUUUUGUCUCAGCCUGUCUCAGUAUUAAUUUUAGCAUCUGGAUCUCCAGCCCUCACUCCUCUCUCUCCAUCUACCAGUGUCUCUGCAAAUACACACACACACACACACACACACACACACACACACACAGUGACCACCAACAGCCAGCUCUCGGGGAGAAUCGGGCAAGGGAGCAGCCCACAGUUCCCCAGAGGCAUUGCUGGCCAUGUGCCCUCCUUUCUUCUCUGUGCAGUGGACAGAAUGGCCUUUGACUGCCCUUGGAUGCAAGUGCUUUGUGCUGCCCUGUCUCAGGGAAAACAUGGAGGAACCGCCCAGCUGGCCUCCUGCUGUCUGGGUUGUACCCAGCGGGAGAGAAAGGAGAGUCUCAUGUUUUUCACUCCGUUCCACCUCAAGCGACUCUGAUUGGAGACUUUAUUGCCGAGUUAGAGGGAGAGAGGCAAUUUAUUAAGAGGGCUGAGGAAACCCCGAGGCUAUUUUUCUCCAGGCCAUUGCCUGGAUAGAGGCCAGAGGACCUGAAAACGAUGCAGGUAAGGCUGUGUUGAAGGCGUGAGGGUCAGGAGGGCUGCACGUGCUGGGUACUGUCUGGGGAGGAGUGCUUAGUUUCUGCAAGACAACAGGUGGAACCGUGAACCGACAGAGGGACUUCUCACCGGAAGGAGGCGCUAAGGAUGGCGGCUUGAAGGGACAGUUCUGUGGAACUCACUACAGAUAGAAGAGUUUGGAGCAUUGAGGGCGCAGAGGCUGGGAGUGGAUGUGCUCAGAGUUGCCGGCGGCCUCCGCCUUACCCAGGUCAGGGUGCUCAAGAAUACAGUGCUCCACGUAGG